ACCGCUUCUUCGACGCUAGUUUCUUUUCAGGUAAAAUGUCCCUGGCCUCAUGUUGCAACAACUUUCGCCCACCCUGCAACGCUCCAUUUUCCUUUUAACCGCUCACCAUCCUGGGCCAGCCUCCCCCACCGCCCCCCAUCCUUCCCUUCUCAUCCUCUUCCCGUCCAAGUCCCUGGCUGUCCCUUUCUUAACGAGUCGACGACGACGACGAUGAAGCACUCUCUGGCCACCACUUUGUAUCACGCUUUCCCCUCAUCGUCGCCCGACUGGUUGGACGCCUCGACUCCUCUAUUCCGCCGCUUGAUGUCGAUCACUCCGGCGUCAGUGGCGUAUCACGCCAAUACCCUCUGGCUCUUCACUGAGUCCGACUUCAUGACGACUAUGGUCCCCAUCUCUCUCUUCGCAAUGGUGGCCGCGCCGCUGACUUCCCCCUCCAACAUCCCACAUCUCGUCUUUUGGCUCUGGUUCCACCUCCUCGCUUUCAACACUUCUAACCAAACGACUUCCUUCGAAGACGCGACGAACAAACCUGACCGGCCGAUUCCUGCAGGUCGCAUCACUGUGGAGCAUGCGUUGAUCCUCCGUUGGGUCUUGAUGCCGAUGUGUUGGGCAUUGAGCUUGGCAUACAGCAAGGAGACAAUGUUUGCUAGCAUGGCGUUGGCGUUGUUCACGUGGAUGUAUAACGAACUCAAGGGCAACGGAAGGAGCGCUAUUACCCGGUAUCUUCUCAACGGGCUUGGCUUCGCGGCAUUUGAGGCGGGAACGACGCUCGUUGCACGGGACGACAAGACCAACCUCGAUGGCGCGGGCUGGCUGGCCAUCCUACUCAGCGGGCUCAUUUUUGCCACAACAAUCUACGCACAAGACUUCAGAGAUGUUGUUGGUGAUGCUGAGAUCAACCGCGACACGAUCCCCCUCCGAUUCGGCGCGCCAUCGCGACCUGUUUUGAUGGCGGGUGUGAUGGCUUGGUCGGUUGGGCUAUCCUUCAUCUGGCAGGUCGACAUCUUCACAACCGUUGCUUUUGUGGCACUCGCUGCUUUUGCUGGCGGGAGAUUCGUCCUCAAGACCACUGUCGAUGACGACCGCCGCAACUACUUCUGGUACAAUAUUUGGGUCACCGCCGCUCAUGUUCUACCCGGGUACUGGCGUUUCUUUCACUCGGCUUGA